AUGGGAAAGAGAUUUCCAUUUCGGUGCCUGCUGUGCCGCUCGGGAACACAGCCACACGGCCGCGUUGCUGAGUUACACGCUGCCAAAAGCAAGAGUGUGAAGUACUUUUUGCACAAGCAUCUCAACUCUGCUACUCACAGACAAAAUGUCAUCAAGUUGCAAGGGGAGUCGAAGGACAACUAUGUACCAUGUGAGGGAAUGAUGGUCAAUGACAGGCUAUCAGCUGGACUUCUCUUCGAAUACAGACGUGAAUUCGAGACGUGGGUUUCCAUGUCAAACUUGAAGAUGUUUGCCAAGCACAUCUACUGGCAGGAGCCCAACGCUGGUGGAUGGUUCAUCCGCCAUCAGAAAUGUCUCAAACAAUGCCCAGCGAUGCCUUCAAGCAUUAGAAGCAUGUGCCAGGAGUGCAAGCAGUUGAGCUCUCCACAUGCGGUCCCCAAGGUUGUUGCCAAGUUUGCAACAAAGUUUCUCUUUGCCAAGCUGCUGGGAGCCCGGCUCUUUCAAGGAACCGACGGCGUGAAAGAGGUGGAACAAGAGAUUCGGGAAUCCCGGAUCUUCAGCUCUGAUCCCGCACGAGCAGAGAGCAUCAUGCGGCUGUCAAAUGCCGACUUGCAACAAUUUGUCAGAAAUCCCUGGUUGAAGACACCAAAGGAAUGGAUCGGGGAGAAUGAAGCAAAUUUCAUGGCUUGUGUGGUGAAGCCAGCUCUCAGUCUUACUGUGACCAACAUGCCAGACUGCUUUGCCGAUGUGAUUUCCCGCUUUGCGGUUUGGAUGCACAACAAAGAAACAUCGGAGACUGAUAAAGCCAACAUGCGCGUAGCAGCAGGUGUUUUGCAAGGCCGCCUGCAGCACCAUCCCCUUUUGCACGGCAUAGCGCUCCAGAGUCUCAGAAUGGCCGACAAGCACAAUCGAGGCAUUUUGAAUAUGAGGGGACGAAGAUUCAUGGAGAGUCCGCUGGAGAAGAAGUUGAUCACAGACGUCACAGCAACAAGAACGCCUAGCUUCUUGCGCACCAUCCAGUGGGGAAAGCUGUGGACGGAUACCACGCAGGCAAGAUCCCACGGGCUCCCGCCUGUGGCGUAUGCCAGGGUCAAUGCUAUGUCGGACAAAUUGAACGCCUUGCUAUGCAACCCUUUCUACCUCGUGGUGGACGCAGAUGUUGCCAUGGAAGAUAUGGUGGUUCCAUGGAGUUUGGCUGGCUUUUGUGUCCACAACGUUGUGGUGGCCCUUUGUGUGGCGCCAGCGCUGCAUAAGCGGAUGACGCUGAAGGAGCGGUGCAGCGCGGCAUUGGCCGGGUUCCUUUGCCUCGACCUUUUCCAGAUGUGCGCGCACCAGACCUGCGUGAAGAUGAAAUUGCCAAAGGGCAGCUGCUUCCUAGCGCCCCAGACGGUGCACAAUUUGCAAGGAACUGCAUUGGCAACGGUCGUGAUUUGUGCCACAAAGGACACUGGCUUCGAACCCUGGUCUUUUGGCCAUUGCAGACUUUCAGAGAUCUCAGUGGAAGAGUACUUCGGAAUGUUGAGAUCCAGGAGCUCCAACUCACAACUCUCCACCAGAGGAUAUUUCUAUGCUUCGGCCCUGCAGGCAAUGCGCAGCAACCAUGCACUCAACAAGACCAAGCGCAAGCCUGAGGCGCAGAACGGGCAGUCACGCUUGACCGAGCUUGAGCCUAUCGCCGGACAUUUCAGUUAA